AUGGCGAGCGUGCUCGUACCCGUGCUCUAUCUGCUCGUGCUGGUCGGCGGUCUGCUGGUAUUCGGGAGGGCGUACAGUAAAAGGCAGGCGGCGCAACAGAUCACACCGUACUUUCCGCGCCACGUCGAGCGGGACACGUACGUGACCUUGCUCGGACUCGACCCGCCCACGCCGGACGCUCUACUCAAGGCCGCGCUUAUCCGCCGCGCGAUGCAAGAUGUACACCGCAUCGUGCGUUUACGCGAGGACAAGCCCGCAAUGCAGGCUUUAUUGCAGAAGGGAUUACUCGGCGAUGAUAUCUGGACGGCUUUACUCGCGGCUGAGAAGGAGAUGGAGGCAGAGAUUCUUGAAGUCCAACACGAGGCCAACACUUUUGUCGAAGGAUGGGGAGGCAUCAUCUUCAACACCGCGAGCGAGAUGGUCAACAGCAAGAAGGUCCAAGCCGUCUUUGAAGCCGUACCCAAGAUGCGCGCAGAAAUCCACGCAAGAUAUGGCAAGCCGCCACCGGUCGUAGUGCAGCCACAACCACCCAGUACACCCGCAUCACCGAAGACGCCCGCCGAUCGUCUCAAAGCCCGUCUCCCCUCGUCACCUCAAACACCCAGCAGCCCUCUCCGUGUCCCCUCAGACACACUCGCGCCACCCUCAUCCGCCGCAUCAGAUGGCAACAUCACCUCGGAUGGCGAAGGUCCCCGCUCGCCUUCAAAAUCCAAGAAAAACAAGAAGCGCAAGUAG